AUGGGCAAUACUCUCAGCGAUGGUUUCGUGCAGUGGGAUGUCGAUGAGUAUGACACUGGUGCUCUAGUCCUCGGUGCAGUUAAGGCGAUCUCGAGAUUUGACACCAAGCCGGAGCUCAACACGGCCGAAAGCGCCCUCAUGGGCCAACGCAAGCUGGACGAUACCUACAAUUGA